CUCCAAUUUUUUUAACAGUCAGAGAGACACCUCAUUGCGUCCCAAAGGAAGGAUUUUAUUCCAAUAUAUCUUUGUAUUGUGUACGGUUGAAAGUUAAAUGUGAUUUAUUGAAAUCGUAUUAAUUAAUUAAUUAAUUUAAAAAAUACGAUGGAGCCGGAUCAGGAAGAUAGUCAAGGUGGAUUACGCGUGGACGGUAGACGGGCGCUAGAAUUAAGACAAAUUCGUAUGCGGAUGGGAGUAUUCGGGCAAGCUGACGGCAGUGCUUACAUAGAGCAUGGCAACACGAAAAUUUUAGCUACAGUAUAUGGUCCUCAUCAGCCCAGGAGUAGCGCAUCAAGGAAUAGUACAAAGGCAAUCAUAAAUUGUCAGUACAGUAUGGCUGUGUUCAGUUUUACCUCUGGUGAACGGAAGCGAAGACCGAGGGGCGAUUGGAAAUCCCAAGAAAGAUCAGCUCAACUGCGACAUGCGAUGGAAGCCAUAAUACAUUUAGAAUUGUAUCCGCGCUCUCAGAUUGAUGUCUUUGUAGAAAUUUUACAAGUUGAUGGUAGCGAUUACUGUGCAUGUGUAAAUGCAGCAACACUUGCAUUAAUAGAUGCUGGAAUUCCAAUUAAGAAUUAUGCUGUAGGCUGUACUGUAACCAUUAUCAACAAACCAUCAACAGAAGACGAAGACAAGACGUUAGCAGCAGGAAUUUUAGAUGCCAACUUCCUGGAGGAAUGUUCACCGGGAGUUACCUUGUCUGUUGUUGGGUUAUCGGAUACAAAUAAUGAGGUUGAAGUGGACAACAAUGGAUUAAUAGUAGUGGCGCACGGAGCUGGACAGAGAUUACAUUUAUCACGCUUGCAAACUCUCCGGCAGCGUGCAUUGCAAGGCUGCCAGGACAUAAAGAAUAUAUUGGACAAUGGUGUGAGGCAUCAUUUAACUGCAAAUUUAUUGCCUUCUUUUAUGCACAGUUCGCUUGAGUAACAAGAGAAGAGAAAUAUACUUCAGUGUUGCAAGAUUUUGUACAAGUUAAUAUUUAUUAUAUAUAAACAAUUUAAUAGAAAAAGAUUUCUUACAAAAAACUGUCAACAAA